AGCAGUUCCCUAAUUACCUCAUCUUACAUUAUUAGCACAGUACUAAAAAAAACCAUAUUAAUUGCUAGAGUAUGGAUAAUUCACAAAACGCAAGUUACCAAGCCGGUCAGGCCAAGGGCCAAAUGCAGGAAAAGGGAAGCCAAAUGAUGGAUAAGGCAAGCAAUGCGGCUCAAUCAGCUAAGGAAUCCAUGCAAGAGGCAGGGCAGCAAGCGAAGGCCACGGCUCAAGGAGCAGUCGAUACUGUUAAAAAUGCGACGGGGAUGAACAAAUGAACAGGGUGCAGCAGUUUCAGCACAUCUGCUUUCAUGCACUAUUAAUCCCAGAUUUCUCUUGGUUGGAGUUGGACCUCUCUUUCACAUUUUUUGUCUUCGUCUGCUUUCUGCGCACUUUUUUGGCAAUUCCCUUUUUCUUGUAGAUGUUCAUCCUUUUGUUAGUUUUCCAUCUGUAAAAGAAAAGGGAAAAAAGGGAGGGUCUGUACCUGUAAUCAUGCAUGGGCUUCACGACUUGAUCUAAUAAAA